UUACCUCCUGCCGGAUGGCGUCACCACGUCCAGCGACCGCCUCUGAUGAACUCCGUUAAAAAGAGUGGAAGUACAACCGACGAACCGUCGACUGUGUGAAAAAAACCCGACUCAAAUUGCAUCUCGACUGUACAUUGGUCCCGCUCAUCAGGAGAACAUGGAGGUACCGUCCUGCCAGUCCAGAUCCAGUUAUGAUGACUGCAAAAAGACUGCCGACUGGCUGCUGGUCCGAACCAAGCAGCGGCCCAGGGUAGCCAUCAUUUGUGGCUCGGGACUGGGUGCCCUGGCUGACUUGAUAGAUGACAAAAUGGUUUUCCCUUAUCAGGACAUCCCAGGUUUCCCUACUAGCACUGUGGCAGGCCAUGCUGGUCAACUGGUUUUUGGGAAGCUGCAGGACCGGGAGUGUGUCUGCAUGGAGGGCCGAUUCCACUACUACGAGGGCUACAGCAUACACACUGUGACGUAUCCUGUGCGAGUCUUCUUCCUGUUGGGUGUGGAGACUCUGAUUGUGACAAAUGCAGCAGGCGGAGUCAAUGGCAGUUACAAUGUGGGGGAUAUUAUGGUCAUUAAGGAUCAUAUUAACCUGCCGGGUUUUUGUGGACAGAGCCCACUGGUUGGGCACAAUGAUGACAGGUUUGGAGUUCGUUUCCCUUGCAUGUCAGAUGCCUAUGACCGGAACCUGAGGACUUUGGCUAUACAGACAGCACAUGAACAGAACUGUGGUGGCUUCCUGCAGGAAGGGGUUUACUGUAUGGUGGUUGGACCAACAUUUGAAACCAUCGCAGAGUCCAACAUCCUACAGAGGUUUGGGGCGGAUGCCGUCGGUAUGAGCACAGUCCCUGAGGUGGUGGCGGCUCGUCAAUGUGGCUUGCGCGUCUUGGGUCUCUCGCUGAUCACCAACAAGGCAGUGACAGAUUAUGACAGUAAUGAGAAAGCAAACCAUGAGGAGGUGCUAGCGACCACCGGCCUCCGCGCACGUGACCUCCAGAGGCUUGUCAGACACCUUGUCACAAAGAUCUAGCGCCUUCAGUCCAAAUUUGUGGGAAACAAAAGAGUUUCCAUCCUUCAGCAAUAGUAUUGAGAUAAUCAGUAGCAGAAGCAGUAAUUUAGAUCCAAUAUCAAUAAAUACAAGGAAAUACAAGCCUCGUGCAUCUUUAAAAUGAAGGGUGUUGGUUGAAUAUGUUUAAUAAGUAAAUAUUAUACUACAUAUAAUAAAUACCUUGUAAAGUACUAAAUGAUUUCCAGGCAUUGUCUCUGAUGAACAACUACAAAUUAGCAGUGAGCUCGUACCCCUCGAUGACUUAUAAUUUGAUGAUGAUGAUGACAUUUCAGUGUCAACACGCAUAUAAUUUAACAGGAUAAAUUAAUUUCAUUGUGUUUAAUCAUGUUGACGCUCAUCAAUUAUUUCAUCUUUGGUGUUCCUCUUGAAUACUUGACUAGACAAAAGAACAAAUUAAAGGGUUUUGUUUGAAAUGUAUCUAAUUAAAUCACGAGGAAAACAAGCCUUUUGUUUCCACUGUGCUUUGAGUCGGUGUCAUUCAAAUGUGUUUGAUUACUGAAAACUGCAAAUAAGAGAGAAUGUUGAAUCAGUGAAUCACUAGGAGCACCUCACUCAUGCUUCUUUGUUGUGGUGGUUUGCGAUAGUCACUGUUGAUUUUCAAUGAAUGUAUAUUUUAGCUACAGAGCAAAAUAGUUCUAUUUCCGAGUGUUUACUUUUAAAAUUCAAUUGUUGAUUAAAGUGUAUGUAUAUUGUUAAUAGAUAAUGACUUGUCUGUUAUGUUAUUCUCUCAGUUGAUUUAUUUGUGAUUGUGAACAAAACAAAACAAAGCAGGCAUUUAAAGGAAAAAGCUGAGAUCAAAUAUACUCAUACAAAAGUGAUGUACAAGGUUUUUCUGCAGUAGAUGCUACUCAGAUAUCUCCACACCAAGAGACCACAAGACUGAAAUAUCGGGAUGAGCUGUUAUACAAAGUCUUGCAGUUUUCAAUCACUUUUGAUCUGUUAACUCCUGCCAGGUUCCUUUGACGGAUCCAUUCAUAAGAGCGGGAAAGGCCUUUGAAAACCUUUAUCAGCAGUCCACUGUUUAGACCAUUUACAUUGUACUAUGCCAAUGGCAGUGUUGAAGGAGAAUCUUUUUAGAUUAUUUUAGAAUAAAACCAACCAUCAUCAGAAAGUAA